GGGUAACAAGAGUCCUGUGGUAGGGUGGAGUUUUGUCCACUGCUGAUCACAUUCACAGUCUGGUUUAAUAACCCGCAUUCUAUCUAAGACUGGUCUCAUCCUGGUGCAGGAUCACUGGUGAAGAAAACUGAGAAGAUUACAUUCCAUUUAAAUGAUCAUGCCAGACAGCAUUCUGGAGGAGAUUUUUAUAAAACGAUCCCAGCAAAAGAAGAAGACCUCACCUUUAAACUUCAAAGAGAGGUUGUUUGUCCUCACGCAGGAUAAGAUAUCAUACUACGACUAUGACAUUGAUAAAGGGAAAAGAAAAGGGCUGAAGGGCUAUGUGGAUAUUGAAAAGGUCAAAUGUGUGGAGGUUGUGUUACCCGAAGACAGCGCACCUACUGAGCGACUCUUCCCAUUUCAGAUAAUAUAUGAUGAAGGUCCCCUGUAUGUAUUUGCAAAGUCAGAUCAAGUUCGAAAGCAGUGGAUACACGAAUUAAAGAAUGUGGUAAGGUUCAACAAAGACUUGAUGCAGAAGUACCACCCCUGCUUCUGGGAGGAUGGAAUGUGGAAAUGUUGCAAGCAGGAGGUUAAGCAGGCCAUGGGUUGCAGAGUGCUGGAGACCAAAAAUGGAGGGUUUCCAAGCAGAGGUUCCAGGAAGCGUGAUUCCAGGAAGCCUCUUCCACCAACACCGCCUGAGGAAAAGUCAUCCAGACCACUACCCCCCCAGCCACCCACGCCUGCAGGCUUUAGUGUGGGCAUGACUGUUAUAGCUGAAUAUGAGUACACACCAAUGGCUCCCCAUGACUUGGAGUUGAGAAAAGAUGAAGAGUACACACUUUUAGAAACCAAUGAUACUAACUGGUAUAAAGCUAGAGAUAAGUACGGAAAUGAGGGCUACAUCCCAAGUAACUAUAUUGCUCAAGCCUUGAAUGGAUUGGAGAAAUAUGACUGGUACUGCAAGAACAUCAACCGAAGUCAAGCAGAGAAUUUACUGAAAACAGAAAAUAAAGAUGGUGGUUUCUUGGUGAGAGACUCUGGAAAAUACACUGGAAAAUACACUGUCUCUGUCUUCACCAAGGCUGGUGGGGAGAGUGUUGGCAGCUGCAGACACUACAACAUAUGCAUCACCACACAAGGCCAGUUCUAUCUAGCAGAGAAGCACAACUUUAUCAGUAUCCCAGAACUUAUCAAUUACCACCAGCAUAAUGCAGCAGGUCUGGUGAGCAGACUAAAAUACAUUGUGUCAAAUCGAGCUCAGCAUGCUCCGUCCACCGCUGGUCUGGGUUAUGGUGGCUGGGAGAUCGAUCCUCGUCAGCUUACAUUUAUCAGAGAACUUGGCAAUGGGCAGUUUGGUGUGGUAAAGUAUGGGAAGUGGCAAGGCCGUCAUGAUGUGGCCAUUAAAAUGGUCAAAGAGGGCUCAAUGUCUGAGGAUGACUUCAUUGAGGAGGCCAAGGUCAUGAUGAAACUCUGUCAUGAAAACCUGGUGCAGCUCUAUGGCGUUAGCACAAAACAAAGACCCAUCUACAUCGUCACAGAAUAUCUGGCCAAUGGAUGUCUGCUAAGCUACUUACGGGACGUCUUGCAGCACCCCUCUGGCAUUCUGCUCCUUGAAAUGUGUAAAGAUGUCAGCGAGGGCAUGGCCUACUUAGAGGCCAAUCAGUACAUUCACAGAGACCUGGCUGCAAGGAACUGUUUAGUAGAUUCAAAUGGAACCAUUAAAGUGACUGAUUUUGGAUUGUCAAGGUAUGUCCUGGAUGAUGAGUACACCAGCUCUGCUGGCUCAAAGUUCCCUGUGCGCUGGUCACCUCCUGAAGUCCUCCUUUACUGCAAGUUUAGCAGCAAGUCAGACAUCUGGGCAUUUGGUGUUUUGAUGUGGGAGAUUUAUACUCUAGGCAGAAUGCCAUAUGAUCGGUGGAACAAUACAGAGAUAGUGGACAAAGUAUCUGCAGGUCACCGGCUUUAUCGCCCACAGAUGGCCAAUGACAAAGUUUUUUCCAUUAUGACUAGCUGUUGGCAUGAGAGACCAGAAGAACGACCCACGUUCCAGGAUCUUGUCAUAAUCAUCAAGGAUUUGCUCUUCAAUAUGUAAUAUUCAUAACCAUAGACAACUUCCCUGGAUCCUUGGACAUUAAGAACACAGUCCAUCAUAUGCAAUGGUUUUGUGUAUGGGACAGCAAGAAUCACUCAAUGGCUUGUGUUUAAAAUGUUGCAGUCUUUGGUUUGAGCCAAGAAAAAUGGCGAUUUGAAUGAAAUUUCACCCUUUUCCUUACACUUUCCUAAAGCUAUGCUUUAUUUAUAAAAUUCACUGUGCAAGUUUCAUAUCCAUGUAAAAAGUUACUCUUUAUUAUAUUAAUACAACAAUGAAUAAUAACCAGCAACAACAAUAAUAGCAAUAGAAAAUUCUGGAUUUUAUGCAUUUCAUGUACAUAAUGACUGUGUAGUGAUUUUAAUUGUUGAUUUAACUGAGACUUGACAGUACAAAAACAAUAUGAGUAAACUUGAGUAAUACCAAAGUAACAAAGUAGCACCUAAUAGAAAUCUUCCGGUCUUAGUGUGUAAAUAUUUCUGGAAUUAAAAUGACAUCUCUUGUGGCUGAAUUCUGUGGCAUAUUUAAUAUAAGAUUACACUUUGUCCUUUAAUUUAGCUGUUUAAUAAAAAAAGAGUGGU